AUGGAAUUGUGUAAAGAUUAUGGCUGUGCAUGCAACACAAUAUACAAACUUAAGGCAAGCACGGAUGAUGAAAUUACUAGAAUUUACCAAGAUAUUAAAAACAAAAUGAUUGAAACUGAUCUUUUUUUGCCAACACAGUUAAUUACUAUGUUAUUCGAGGCAGCAAUAUACAAUAGGCGAUAUUUUGAUUCAUACUGGAUUAUAUUUAAAAAGAUUUAUGAAGAAUACCAUCCAUUGUUAACGACAUCCAUCAAAAUGCCUUUCUUGUACUUAACUAAUAAAGAAUAUGGUAUUAAUUCCUACCAGAAUUGUCAAUAUAAUAUUGAAAAUCAAAAAAACUUAUUGUUUUGCCAUCAAGACGACCCAACAUACAAAGCAAUUAUGGAUGAUGAUAAAGAAAAGUUUAUACUAAUAAUAGAACAAGAUGGAUUUAAUCAGUACCAAAAAUUUAGAAGAAAUUCAUCUGAAUAUUCAUUAAUUGAAUUAUGCUGUUUUUAUGGAGCUGUUGACUGUUUUAAGCUUUUAAGAACAAAAUUCAAAUCAAAAAUCACUAAUUAUUGUCUCAGAUUUUCAUUUUUGAGUGGAAAACCAGACAUCAUGAGUGAAUGUUUGAAAUUUCAGAAACCUGACCAAAAAUGCAUGAAAUAUGCAAUUAUUUCUCAUAAUAUUGACUUUGUUACUUUCUUAAUGAAUGAAUACAAUAUACCAAUAGAUGUAGAUUACUGUAUUAAAUAUAAUAAUAUUGAAGCAUUUUUGGUUUUACUAGAUCAAACACAAAAUAUCAAACAAUCAUUGGUUUAUGCUUCAGGCUUUGAUAUUCCAUCGCUAUGUGAAUAUUUAACUUUGCAUAAUGCAGAUGUUAAUGAAAAAUUACCCAAUGGAUUAUCUCCUAUUAUUAUUGCAGCAAGACAGAAUAGUUAUAAAGUAGCAGAAAUUCUUUUUAACUAUGGUGCAAGCAUUGAAGCACAAGAUGAUAUUGGAAAGACACCACUCAUAAAUGCAGCUAUGCAUGGAAAUUUGGAAACACUCAAAUUUCUUAUUUCACAUGGCUCAAAUGUCAAUGCUACUUAUCAAGGAAUCAAUUCUCUCUUUUUUGCAGCAAGUUUAAAUCAUUUAAAAAUUGCCGAGCUCCUCAUUUCUCAUGGGAUUGAUUUAAAUCACCAGGAUAGAUUUGGAGACACUGUUCUUCACCAAGUUACACAUAAUAAUCAAAAAGAUUUUGUCACGAUCCUUGUUUCACAUGGAGCAGAUGUCAAUAUAAAAAAUCAUUAUGGGAAAACGCCCAUUCAAGGUGCAUUAGAAUCAAAGGAAGAAAUAUAUAAGCUUCUUAUUAAACAUGGUGCAAAGGUCACAUUAUCUGACAGAGUAAGUAGGUUUUCUGAAUUCUAUAUCAAUCACAAAUAUCUAUGCUUCCUCCUAAGCUAUAUAUUAUUGUAUUUAUUUGGUAGCCUAAUUAGUUACUUAUUCAAGCAUUAA